AUGAGCCUGAGUCGCGUCGUCUUUGAUCGGCAUUUGAUUUGCCUUUUGUCCCUUCUGCAAACCUACAUCAUAGCCCUGGGGAUUGCCCAAAUCUUUCUCGUGGAGGGAAGCUUGGCUCAGAGACAUUCUGGUUCAGCGCUGGCCACUGUGUUCAAAGCUGGCAAUCGCGGCCUGACGCAGGAUAUGCCGUUACGGGCGUUGAUGGAAACCUGGACGUGGCAUAGCGAGAUGCGCUCGCAGCAGCACUGUUUCGUCUCAAUUCCCAUUCCUCGCCACAUCCCACCUCAGGCUGUCCUGGACUACGUGCAGACGUAUGAGCCUGUCCUGCGUCACAACCCAAGCAUGGUAUCGUGGCAAAAUUCCGCCCUGGAUCAUAACUCAGUCGCCAACGACAGCUUUUUUGAUAUUUCCGACCCCAACCAAAGUUUGCGCUGCUACCAAGCCUAUGAGAUCAUAAGGCUGGGCCCUGGAGUAGGGCGGGACGUGAGGUGGCCUAUCAUCUUCCAGAGAGUCCCAAACGGCAUCGUCUCCAGGGCGGAUGCACCUGCAGGGGUGGUUAGUUGGACGCAGUGGUAUGUCCGACCGCGACAGAGCGAACAGUAUGUGGAGUCUGUCAGUACUCCAAGUACGUCAACGCCGUCGAGUUGUGCGGAUGAGGAGUGGGAAUUAUACGGCAUCGUGACGCUCGAGGCUCACAGGAUGCUGAUGCCCUGGAUUACCACCAGUUCCAAGAGUUCCCAGGCUUCUAUCGGCCAGGGGAUAGUAGACGAUGUAUGCGAAAAAUACAACUCAAGAGAGCUUGAGAGAUAA